GCUGUUGGAUUGGACUUACCGACUUCAUGGCUGCUGCCAUAUCAUCAUAUCUCUCUGCCUGCUCGGCCAGCCUGGCUUUCUGCACCAGCUGCUCGCGGUCGACCAUUUUCUCUACUGGUUAGUGCUGGGAGGGGACGGGGGGCUUUGCUCGGUCGAGCUGCGCGACGUGGACUUCGUGGAGGAAAACGGCUGAUAUUUGAAAUUGCAGUGCAGUGAAAUCCUAGGCGAAGCGCGUGCUGCAGCUGUUCCCUACUGUCUGUCUGAGGCUCAGUGCAGACGGGACACCCUCUCUCCUCUCCCUCUCUUUCCUCUCUCUAUCCCCCUCCCUCCAUGCCUUCCUCCUCCUCUUCCUCCUCUUCACACACUCUCCACGGGCUGCGUCAUCACUCGGGAAGCAGCCAUCUGUCUGCCAGGUGGACGGUCGGGAGCUGCCACCGCUGAUGGAGACAAGACUAGAGCUGGAUGUGUUGAUAUACCCUGAUGAGGUGAGGGUCGCCACCCCGGAGGACCUCAGGCAGUGGGACCUGGAGACCGCCAGCCAGGUCUCCAUCCCCACCGUUCGACUCUUUGUGGCGCUUUACCCGUACAACCCGGCCGCCAUGUCUCCCAACCCCGACACGGCCGCAGAGGAGUUGCCCUUCGUGCCUGGCCAGAUCAUCAAGGUGUUUGGAGACAAAGACUCAGACGGUUUCUACCAUGGAGAGUCUGGUGGUCUCUCUGGCUACGUGCCAAGCAACAUGGUGGCUGAAGUCCCAGUGGACGACGAGUACCUGAAGCACGUUCUCAUGCAGCAGGGUUUCCUGCCUGUGGACCACGCAGGCAUGUCUUUAACACCAGAGCUAAGUGAUGCUGGCAGCAUUCGCGAAGAUGUGAUCGUUAGAAGAAUGGUGGCCUUAUUCGACUACGAUCCAUGGGAAAACUCCCCCAACAUAGACAGUGAAGCCGAACUGGGCUUUCGAUCUGGAGACAUCAUCUAUGUGUUGGGUGACAUGGAUCAAGACGGUUUUUACUUUGGAGAUCUUCACGGAAGACGAGGUUUGGUUCCCUCGAACUUCCUGCAGCCCUUACCCUGGAGUUAGACACUGUGUUAACACCUCUGCUACUAAUGCCAAGUCACAUGCACAAUCAAAUCAGCAGUUUGUACUGAGAAAAUGUAAAUAUGUCAAAUAUUUGUAUAUAUUUUUAUUUUAUAGAGUAGCGUUGCAUUACUUUUGCUGUAGAAGGCCUUCAAAGUAUGCCAAGUAGCCCACCACAACAAUCAGGAUGAAGAACAAUGAAGAGAAACAGGUUAUAGGAUAAGAUUCUUUAUUGAUCACUUUAAAGAAAAACUCCAACUCACCUUAUAGGGAAAAAAGAGACCAUUUUUAAGACCAUGAUUUAAUCAAGAAUAUAUUUUUUUGUAAUCCAGCAAACUUAUUUCCAGAGAAUUUAACUUGAUGGAUGUCUGGUGACUUCUAGCCUUAAAAAAAUACACUUUUAGUCACAGCAUUGUGCAGACCAGAGUGUAUGAAUCUAGUUUGCCUUAUAUUGUGUUCAUCUGCUUUCUGUAACAUGCUUAAUUUCUGAUGCAAGAGGUCAUAAAUAACAUAUUGAAACAUUCAUGUAAAAACAAAAAAGCUUAGAAAACCGAGUUAAAGCAACAUCAUGCUUCCAUCUACAGAUAAGAUUUAAUCAUUUUGUCAAUAAAUGUCAUCAAAAUUAACAUCAAUCUGUUGGUUAAUAGAACAUUGUACAAAGUUUAAAACGGUUCAAAUCAAGUGCAUAAACUUUGACAUCAUCCGGCUUGGUUCUUCUUUCACUCUCCUCUGCAGCUAACAGUAUACUCAUCCAUAAAGUAGGAAACACUACACUGUGUAGUGAAGUUUAGUAGUGCUUUCUACUUUAUGGGUGACAACACUGUAUAUCAGUGGCUUCUGGGUGCUCCCGCUCAAACUCCAAAGAACGGCGGCGAAGGUGAAGGCUGGUUUCCACAAACUUCCAACUCAACAUCAUUCAAUUUAAACAAAAAUAACAGCAACAAAAC